AUGCAAUCUCUUUCUUCUUCAUCGAAGUAUACAGCAAACUUGAUUGGAGAAAGAAUAUAUUUUCUUGAAAGUGAUAACUUCACAAAAUUUUUUUAUCUUGACGUUUCAUACUCAUUUGAUACUAUAAGUUCACCUUUUACAUACCUACCAACGAAACUUCCGAAUGAAAGUUUGUCGAUCACAUCCAUUGGCGGUCUUAAUAGUACAAAAAUAUUUAUAUUUGGUGGUAAUGACAGUUACAGUAGCGUAUAUGCUAUCGACACCAAUAGUUUUGAUGGAUCUAACAAUUACAGUAGUGUAUACGCCGUCAAUACCACAAUUUCGGGAAAUUUUCCCGAACUAAGAAGGAUUGGGACGAGUUCUGUUGUAAAUUCAUUAGGACAAAUAUUUAUAUUUGGUGGAUAUAGAAUCAAGAACAAUGUAUCCACAUGGUAUAAUGAUAUGAUUGUUUUAAAUACUAUUGGAUUAUCAUGGACAAUUUAUACAAAUGCACCAAGUUCGAGAUCAGGGCAUACGGCCACCUUACUGGAUGACAGAAGAAUUUUAUACAUAGGUGGUUUUGAUAGUAAUUUCAGUUAUGUGCCGAUGGAUCAGAUUUCAACAUUUGACACGAUUACUUCAGACUGGGAUUUGCUCACAGCAGAUGGUUCCGUUCCGAGCAUCCGUUCUGAACAUUCAGCAGUUUUAGUAUCGAAAAGUAAUGAAAUUAUCAUCUAUGGAGGAUUACUACAGGAUUCAAUAUUGCCUACCCCAUCACUUGCAAUUCUUACAAUUGGAGAUACCUUUACAUGGAUUCAACAGGUUAUUUAUGGGAGUACACCUCCGAUAUUAUAUUCUCAUACUGCUACAUUGGUUGGAGAUUCAAUGAUAGUAGCUUUAGGCAAGUAA